AGACGUAAACAGGAAGUAAUGCACUCUGCAUUCACUGCGUGAGAGCUGAAAGUCAACUGCGAAGAUCUUAAGGAGAUCUUAAGGAAAACUCCAAAAUAUGUUGGUUAUCCUUUCUAGCUGUUGCAGUGAUAUUUUUCGCUUAUAGGGGUUUUCUUGCGUGGGAAAGUGCAGGAGUUGUAGUGAUGUUUCAGGCUGCAGUUCAGACGUUCUCCGUUUCAGCAGCAGCCGCGUCAGUCUAUCGAGGUGUUUUUUUGGUAGGUUUUCGACGUUACUGUAAAAAGACCUCAACAAAACUGCGAGUGUCCGAAGCACUCACGGGAGCUGAGGUGGGAGCAGAUGUUAAAGUUCAGGGAUGGGUGAGGUCUGUUAGAUCUCAGAAGAACAACAUCUUUUUCCAUGUGAAUGAUGGAAGCUCCUUGAAGUCUCUGCAAGUCGUUGCUGGAUCAGAAAUGAACGAUCCGUUGCUUACAUUUGGCAGUGCUGUUGAGGUCACUGGCGUUCUUAAGAAGAGUCCUCAUCAAAAGCAGCCAGUGGAACUGGAAGCAGAGCAAAUCCGUGUGGUUGGAGGAUGUAACCCUGUUGAUUUUCCAUUUAAAAUCAAGGAGAGACACAGCCUUGAAUAUAUCCGCCAGCUUCCUCAUCUCAGGUGUCGAACGAAUGCCUUCAAUUCCCUGCUGAGGAUACGAAGCGAGGCCACAGCAGCGAUUCAUUCAUACUUCAAAGACCAUGGCUUUGUACAGAUUCACACUCCGAUCAUCACUUCAAACGAUUGUGAAGGAGCAGGGGAGCUCUUUAAAGUGGAGCCAUCGGGUCCAGAUUUUGGGGAUGAUGAGGAAUUUUUCUCUGUACCUGCCUUUCUGACUGUAUCAGGACAGCUUCAUCUGGAGGUAAUGUCAGGGGCUUUUUCCAGAGUCUACACAUUCGGCCCAACUUUUAGAGCAGAGAAUUCGCAAAGCAGACGCCACCUGGCUGAGUUUUUUAUGGUUGAGGCAGAGAUAUCCUUCACCGAGUCCUUAGAGGAUCUCACCAAGGUCAUGGAGGACAUGUUCCGGUCUGCCACUGAGCGUGUGUUGGCUCGCUGUGUGGAGGACGUGGAUUUGUUUCACCGACAUGUGACUCCUGGGCACAGGGAUACCGUGGAGGCCAUGCUGAACAAGAGCUUCCCUGUGAUUACCUAUACCGAGGCUAUAGACAUCUUAAACCGCAGCUCUGAGAAAUUUACCUUCCCCACAGAUUGGGGCUGUGACCUUAUGACCGAGCAUGAGAAGCAUCUGGUGAAGCAUUGCGGAAACGUUCCAGUUUUCGUCACCGAUUAUCCCUAUGACCUGAAGCCUUUUUAUGCGAGGGACAACCAGGACCAGCCGAGGCAUACUACAGCUGCGGUGGACCUUCUCGUGCCAGGAGUUGGAGAGCUCUGCGGGGGCUCGCUAAGAGAGGAGAGGCUGGAUCUGCUGACGGCUCGGCUGAAACAGGUUGGAUUAGAGGACAACUACAGCUGGUAUCUGGAUUUAAGACGCUUUGGCGCUGUUCCCCAUGGAGGCUUCGGAUUGGGAUUUGAGCGAUAUUUGCAGUGCAUUCUUGGAGUUGAUAAUAUAAAAGAUGUGAUUCCUUUCCCAAGAUUUUCACAUUCUUGCCUCCUAUAAAGACACAAUUGCUUGUUUCUGAUCUGUUGGAUGUAUUCAUAUAAAUGUGUCUGCUGUUUGACAAAUUAAAAUAUGAGAUGUGUAU